GGGACCGCUGGGCGACGCAGAAUGCUUGCUGGCUGAUUGGGGAGGCUUAAAGAGACAACAGCAAGAAGGGAAAGAGAAGGAGAUGAAAUCAAGAAAAUAUCUAUAAAAUCCGGAAAAAUGGGAAUUCACACCGCGUAAAAUCGCACCUCGCCAGAAAUCCACUAAAAGGUACUUUGGCUGUAGUAGCUACCCACCAUCGGAGAUCUUCGCUGUGCAUCCCACCGUGAGUGUGAAAACCCCAGGAAUGCCUGCUGCACCACCACAGCCUGGCCAGGGGGAGGCGCUGCGAGGCGCAGGCGGGAGCUGGCCGUCGGGGCUGCGGCUGCACUAACCGGGAUCGCUCGCAUGCGCACACGCACGCGUGCCGGCGUUUCCACAGUGUGUGCGCUCGCUCACGCUUUCUCCAGGAGGGGGCGAUCAUGUUGCUCUGACGUCGGCGGAGGAGAAACCCCGGAGAACAGAAGAAGCCAACAGCCGCGGAGAAGGACCGGAGCGAGGACUGGUUUCAUUCCGGAACGCUUUUCGUCACCUCCAUCUGGGUACAGUUGCUGCAAGCUCUCCGUUUACUUUUUCUAAAAAGACUUUUGGAUUGCAGGUCGGGCGUAUACGCGCGUACUAAGCCGGAUCCCUUCCUCUUUGCCGUGCGGUGCUCCUUCCCUCCCUCCCGCCCGCCCACCUCCCUCGGUAGUUGUUUCUGUGUUUUGCAUGGCAGCGGAGUAACCGUGGAGAAGCCGGGGUAUCACAAGCUUAUGGAUUUUGAUAAGAGAGGAGGGAAGGGGGAGGCAGAGGAAGGGAAGAGGAUGUCCAAGGCCGCCGGGAGCAGGACUGCGCACGGGGGCCGGAGCGCGGGCACCAACUCCGGCGUGCUCAUGGUCGGCCCCAACUUCCGCGUCGGGAAGAAGAUCGGCUGCGGGAACUUCGGAGAGCUGCGGCUGGGGAAGAACCUGUACACCAACGAGUACGUGGCCAUCAAACUGGAGCCGAUAAAGUCCCGGGCGCCCCAGCUGCACUUGGAAUACCGAUUUUACAAACAGCUGGGAAAUUCAGAGGGAAUUCCUCAGGUGUACUACUUCGGACCAUGCGGGAAAUACAACGCCAUGGUCCUGGAGCUUCUGGGGCCCAGCUUGGAGGACCUGUUCGACCUCUGCGACCGCACCUUCUCCCUCAAGACUGUCCUCAUGAUAGCCAUACAGCUGAUAACGCGGAUGGAGUACGUGCACACCAAAAGCUUGAUAUACAGGGACGUCAAGCCGGAGAACUUCCUGGUGGGGCGGCCGGGCAGCAAGAGGCAGCACACGAUCCACAUCAUCGACUUCGGGCUGGCCAAAGAGUACAUCGACCCUGAGACCAAAAAACACAUCCCUUACCGGGAGCACAAGAGCCUGACUGGCACGGCGCGGUACAUGAGCAUCAACACGCACCUGGGGAAAGAGCAAAGCAGAAGGGAUGACCUGGAAGCUUUAGGUCACAUGUUCAUGUACUUCCUGCGAGGGAGUCUGCCCUGGCAGGGCUUGAAGGCGGACACGCUGAAGGAGCGCUAUCAGAAAAUCGGGGACACCAAGCGGGCGACGCCCAUCGAAGUGCUGUGCGAGAGCUUCCCAGAGGAGAUGGCCACGUACCUGCGCUACGUGCGGCGGCUCGACUUCUUCGAGAAGCCCGACUACGACUACCUGAGGAAGCUCUUCACCGACCUCUUCGACCGCAACGGCUACGUCUUCGACUACGAGUACGACUGGGUCGGCAAGCCGCUCCCCACUCCGAUUGGCCCCAUCCCCAGUGACACGCCCGUGCAGCCCAGCAGCAGAGACAAAGCACACCAGCAGACCAAAAACCAGCUGCACACAGUGUGUCCCCUAACUCUGAACCGGCACCUCGCGUGUAAAGACUGGAAGUCGCCCGAGCCCAAAGGAGGCGAGUCCCAACCCAACCCAGUGACCAAUAGGGAGCUCCAGGGGUCGCAUCUCACAGCUGAUAGGCUGGGGGGCUCUGUCCAGAUUAUGAACUCCACGAACGGAGAGCUGAACACUGACGACCCAACCGCAGGACACUCCAACGCACCAAUCACUGCACCGGCCGAGGUGGAGGUGGCGGAUGAUACCAAUUGCUGCUGUUUCUUCAAGAAGAGAAAGAGGAAAGCGCUGCAGCGGCACAAGUGAAACGGGGGAGAGACGCGAAAAGAACAUUCUGGUCACUGGCUAAUUUUAAACGGAAGCUGAAACGCGAAAAAAAAACGCCCGCCCCUCGGUCUUACGUCAGCGCGCCACUUCUCCUGGGCGCGCGGAGGAACGCUUUUUAACUCGCCAACGGGGUGGAACGUACAGCGGACCGGCGCGGUUCCUUUUCUACAAAAAAAAAAAAACUGUACGCGAGCGUACGCAGGGAUAACGGAAAAUAAAUAAAUAAAUGGUGACCGUGACAGCGAUGCACAAAAUGUGUGAUGUGACUAAAAAAAAAAAAGAAAAGAAAAAAGACUUUCGAACAGUUGUAUCCUAGACUCCACGCAGAACAUUAUCUGUA